CUGGUAGCAUUUGCAGAUUUCCCAACGGCAACAGUACUGCCACCAUGAAAGCCCGCACAGGGGACGUGGAGGAGGGAGUGUGUGUUAAUUUCAUAAUCCAAUUAUCAUGGGAAUAGCUGUAUUACUUUUUAUUUUGACAGUAUUGUACAGAGGGGUAGAACAUGGAGACUGUCAUAAGUAUGAUAGUUACACCACAAGUGUGCUGUGCUCUACACAGUGCGGAGCGCUCUGCAUGGAAAAUGAGUCUUAUUGUGAUACAACUUGCCAUAAUCAGUUUGGGUUGUGGAUGACAAUGUGUGAUGAUCCUGGCUGUGAAGGAACGUGUGCUGACCACGGUUUAAGCAAAUUUUUCAAUCUGUCCCUUUUACCAGAAAUUCCGGUCCUUAAUCAAUGGACAGUGCAGAAUAACCAAGUCAAGUUGUCUUGGCAACAAAGCAAAUCACAAAGUCAGGUUUUAUAUGCAGUGCAGUACAAGAAAAUUAACAGCCAGAAUUGGACAAAUGCUAUAUAUGAGAUCCAAACCCUCUCCUGCACUAUUGACAUAGCGGAUGUGUGUUCGGACCAUCACUUCCGUGUGAUAGCAAUUAACAGACAUGGAUCGCGAGGAUUUUCAAACUACACCUAUAUAUCGUCUUCAGCAUUUCACCUUGAGCCUGUACCCAAUGUUACCUUUGUUGGACAAGGAAUUUACUACUAUCCUAACACACAAGAAUUCAUGGCAAUCAUCCAAUGGGGUCAUAUUCCAGGAUGGGACUCACCAAAGAAAAUGCUGGAUUAUGAAUGGAACCAGACACCCACAAUGACCUGCAAUAACAAACUCACCAAUAUAAUGCCCCUCUUUGAGAUAGGUGAAAAUACUUCCACCACCACAUAUCGAAGAAUUCUGAUGCACAUCAACGCUGACGCAUUUGGCUGUCUUUAUCAGGGACAGAUUCGGGCAGUAACCAAAUGUGGACUGUUAGGACCAUGGACAAACUUUACACUGGAUCUAACAGAUUGCCAAAAUAUAUUCAACUUUCCUUGUGUAGCAGCAACAUAUUGCCAGUUUACAUUUGACUCACCGUGUGGAGAUGCAUCUGCUAUUACAUUUUCACCACCUGGGAAUGUGAAGAAUGUGUCACUAUGUGUGGAGUACGGGGGAGUGAACUCCUCAAUGUUGAUUCGCCUCCAGUGGAAUGAGCCGACUGAUCUUGGCAGUAUGGGAUACAUAGACAGCUACACUAUCAGAUGGGGUCCAGUCGCACGGCAGGAUUGGCCUGAGGCUCCAAUCUUUACUGAUGAAAUCAGGAAAAUCAGCGUGGAAGCUGACAUCCGAGAGGUGGACGUACCAGUAAGUUACGACGAUAUCUCAGCUAUAUAUGGAUUCCAGGUGGUGGCUGUUGCGCCUCAGCACCAGAUCCAGGAUAAAGAAUGGAACAUAUUUGAGGUGUAUACGGUACAGAUCAGCUCCAGCUCCAACAACCACUCACCCUCAGGAACAGUCCUGUUGGAUGAGGCCGGUGUCCGGGUGGUUCAGAUCCCCAAUGCUCUCAGUGUAGAUAUGAUGUGGCAGUCACGCACCAUGUUACAGCCACCGUCAUUAAGCAGCGCCUGUAAGCAGCAUUACUCCAUACAACUUGGGCGUAUUGUACGCGACGGAGCGUUACGCCCACACCUCACAGAUACAACUGUCCAGUAUGUACCAGGGAAUACAACAGACCUGAUGCUGGACCUCCAGUAUGUGGGAGCAGAGUAUGGAUUUAGGAUAAGAAGUGUUGAUGUGAAUGAAAAUGUGUCAGACGAAGUUUGGGAUGAAACAGAGCUCCACAUUUUCAAGUUCCAGGGAAAUAGCUCCAAUAAAGAAACAGGAAGCAGUGACUUGCCGGAAUUAUUGAUCGUUGCCCUAGCUAUCACGUUGGUCUUUUUGGCUAUUGUGGGUGCUGUAUGGAUGAGGAGGAAACUUCAUAGACGUAAAAAACUGCCACAUUUACAUGGACAAUUAGGGGCAGAUGCAAAUCAUUACCAGUUAUUCCACACACAGUCCAGUUUGUCUUCCAUGCCUACCCCAGCAGUAGUACCCGAUAUGUGGGAACUGCCUCACAGUGGGAUCAAGGUUGGUCCUAUUCUAGGUCAGGGAGCAUUUGGACUGGUCACCAAAGGUCGCAUCAGUGGAUAUCUACUGACCAACAGAAACAUUCCCCUUCCCCAGAAGGCUCGAAGAGAAGGCACUGAAAUAUCUGUGGCAAUCAAAAUGCUCAAAGAUGAUGAUGACAACUCCCACAGGAGUGACUUUCUGCGUGAGAUAGCUCUGAUGAAGAAGAUCGGCUAUCAUACCAAUGUUGUGAGCAUGUUGGGAUGCUGUACACUCUGUGAUCCUGUAUGUGUCGUGGUAGAACAUAUGGCCAAUGGUGACCUUCAGACCUAUCUCAAGGGUAUCAGGAGUUCCAUGAGGGAGCGGGACCACACGCAGCAGGCCUAUGUCAACAGGGAUGCAGAUAUCCUCGGUCCCACGGACUUAUUGUCCUUUGCCAGGCAAAUCUCCAUAGGCAUGGAAUUCCUUGCCCAGAAAGGGUUUGUCCAUCGAGACUUGGCAGCCAGAAAUAUACUAGUUGGUGGUGACAAGACUGUGAAGAUUGGUGACUUUGGCCUGACUCGGUUUGUCUACAAUGAUGCAGUCUACAUCAACAGAAAAGGGGGGCGACUCCCACUUAAGUGGAUGUCCAUUGAGGCUAUCUGUGAACUGACCUUCUCCUCCGCCAGUGAUGUCUGGUCGUUUGGCGUGGUAUUGUUCGAACUGGUAACCUUGGGAGGCACGCCCUACCCCACCUGUGGACAUGCAUGACUUGCUCCACCUCCUCCGACGGGGAUACAGAAUGGAGAAGCCACCAAACUGCUCCUGGAAACUAUACGACGUCAUGUUGAAUUGCUGGAAUGAGCUUCCGAAAGCGAGACCGAGCUUUACAGACUUAAAAUCGACGUUAGAUGCUAUGCUUGAAAACGUGUGUGGAGUAGACUACCUGAGUAUGGACAUUGAUAGUUGCCAGUACUACUAUACUGUUACCUGUAACAAAGAUGAAUCGUCAGUAAGGUACGCACAGAUUGACAAUAUCGAUGGACAUACACAUGACGCACAGGACGUCAACGAGUUACAAUCUCAACAUAACUCAAAUCUUGUUACAAUCGAAACAUCACACGUUGCUCAAGAAGGAAAUGACAGCGAUAGCUCAGACGAUGAGAAUGCAAAAAACCAUGCAUUAAUUGUUCAUGAAGUUCAAAUAGAGCGCAAGCCACGUUACCUUGAGCAUUGUUAUUCCGAUUUGUGUUCGUCAUUGUCUCCAAUACAACACCCCGAUCAGUGUAGGGAACAUCGGGACUCUGGUUUUGAUACCAGUAGUUACUCCGGUUCAUCACCGAACGCUAGUCCGAGAACACUGUCCUCUAGGGGGAGUCACAAGGAGUCGAUUGGUAUUGAAGAUGAGGUCUUCUUGCAGGACUUCGGUACAGCGAGUUCCUUCCAGGACAUCCAAUGCGAGUUGGUCUCGUUUGAUAAACAGCAAGUAACUGAUCAGUUGACAAAUAAUUGUCAAAUGUGCAAGUCGUGUCUUUCAUCCCUCAAUGAAGAAUUCCACUUUUGCAACAAAUUAAAAAAUACUGGUUCGGCUGAAUGUUCACACGAAUCUGGCGUAGGUAACUGUGGUAAUUUCAGUUGGAAAUCUAGACUACUGCAUGGAAUUGACCAACAAAGCUUGUGUGAUAACGAUGUUUCUGUUUGUAGUUCCAGCAUGGACACUCUCAUGUCUUGGGAUGAGAACGCUCUUAACACUUAUUUGUAAUCGCUGACAUUCUGAACAAGAUCAUGAUUUGACGUUUGACUCGCACUGAAAUAAAAUGGCAUACAACUCA